AUGGGUCAAUGUUCUUCCACUUCAAAUAGGUUUUUCGGCAAGGCCUGCCAAUGGACAGAGAGUGAAAUGCUCUCCGAGCCAUCGAGUAGCCAACUCUCGGACCCCGAGGAGGUGUUACUGUCACCUGCUUCGCCUCACAGGAACUUAAUCAAAAAGGAUCUGUCUGCAGGCGAUACUCAGAACGCGACCAAACCCAACCCCGAUGAUAUGGACUUUCUGGAAUUGUUUGACGAUGAGGUAAAGGUUCUCAGUGGUCUGGCAAAUCUGGAAAUGGAUCUACUCAAAGGAAAUUCAGUAGCCGUUGGUAGAGACGACUUAAUUUGCCUACUCAUGCAGGAGUCUCAUCGUCUCGCUGAAGAGCAACGAAUAGCUAGAAGAAACUGCCUCCAGAAUUGCAACGACCGCGGCUCCUUGACUUCUAUGGAUGGGCUAAGAUUAGUCACAAAACUGCUGCUACGCUUGCAGAACAGCGGCGGAGAUGUCUCACGCGAAAGGCAGCACUGCAGAAAGACGGAAUCCAGCAUUGAUUCGGGCCUGGACGAAGAUGUACAUGCUUCUAUUGCCAGUGCCGUCGAAUACAGUGCCUCUGCAACGCUAGAGGGGAAGAAUGAAUGUGAACCAGGAAAGAUUCUUGGAUUUAACGAGGAGGAGGGAAAGGAAGUCAUACUCCAAGGGUUUUUGGAUGAUUUGGAGAAAUUCGACGGUGUUGGAAUUGAAAAUGACGCUGAAGUUUGCCUAAAGCGAUUUCCUCCACCCACCACAGUAUUGAGCGGUUUACGACGCAACAAGAUGUCCCUUCAUUUAUUUGGCACAUCCCGCCUCCAUGAGGAGUUGAAACUGCGCCCGAUGACCACUAAAACACGUGUCUGUGGUCAUCAGAACCAGCGACAGUCUCAGUGCAGUUCCACCCGACUACCCUACUACCCUGUGCACUACAAAUUCUGGACACUGAUGGACGAGACCUUGCUGAAGUGCUUCAACAACAACAUGGACCGCCGCAUCCUCGCCACUUGCCGACGUUCUCAUUGCUUGGUGCAAUUGCUCACCCCAGUGCGCAAGAAUGCAAACGGCAUAUCUGUCCAACAAAUCAGUAUCCAAGCGCCAUCAUUGGGCGCUUUGGAACGCUGUUGCUCCAUUCUCGACGACGUGUUUCCACAAUUUAAUGCAAGCAUUACGCUGCGUGGGCGCGGGAGCAGCAACACUACAACGAUAGAAUCGAAGGCGGGGGAGGUGGGGAUAGAGGAGGCAACAGUGACGGUCUCGGGGAUGUCACCGGUAUUGGCUGGAGGAGCGGUUGUCGAGAUGGCGACGGAGCAACAUGCGGAUAGUGGUAGAUGUCCUCGGUACAGAGGUAUCUCACGAUCCUCCGCUUCCUUCACCUCCUCCACCGCAGUUCAUCGCCAUCGUCAUCCCGCUUGCAAGCACAAAGGGGAAGGUCUGAUUGGCUAUAUCAUUUCGGAGAUGAAGAAGAAUGAGGGACAAGUUGCUGCUGAGGCCUAUUAA